AUGCCGCCGCCGGCAGUGGAGACGCCGGAGUGGCUGCGCAACCUGCCCGUGGCACCGGAGUUCCGCCCCACCGCAGCCGAGUUCGCGGACCCCAUCGCCUAUAUCCUCAAGAUCGAGGCUGAGGCCUCCCGCUACGGCAUCUGCAAGAUCGUACCUCCGCUCGCGCCGCCGCCGCGGGAGGCCACGGUCGAGCGCCUCAGGGCCUCCUUCGCUGCCAAUGCGGCCUCCACCGCCGCCGGCGACGUCGCGGCCCCUGCACCCACCUUCCCGACGCGGCUCCAACAGGUGGGCUUCUCCGCCAAGAAUCGCCGCCCCGCGAGCCGCCGCGUCUGGGAGAGCGGCGAGCGGUACACGCUGGAGGCCUUCCGCGCCAAGGCCCGCGACAUCGAGAUUCCGAGGUACGCGGUGCCGCCCAAACACGCGACGCAGCUCCAGCUGGAGGCGCUCUUCUGGGGCGCCUGCGCCGGGAAGCCGUUCAACGUUGAGUACGGCAACGACAUGCCGGGCUCCGGCUUUGCGGUGCCGGAGGAGCUGAACGUCGACCUGGAGGGCGCCGGAGGCAAUGCGGCGCUUGCGGCGAGGGACGUCGGGGAGACGGAGUGGAACAUGCGGUUGGCCCCUCGCGCGCGGGGCUCGCUGCUGCAGGCGAUGGGCCGGGACGUGGCCGGCGUGACGACGCCGAUGCUGUAUGUUGCGAUGCUGUACAGCUGGUUCGCGUGGCACGUGGAGGACCACGAGCUGCACAGCCUCAACUACCUCCACUUCGGCAAGUCCAAGACCUGGUACGGCGUACCACGCGAUGCCAUGCUCGCCUUCGAGGACGCCGUCCGCGUGCACGGCUACGCCGACGACCUCAACGCCAUCAUGGCCUUUCAAAUACUAAAUGAAAAGACAACUGUCUUGUCUCCUGAAGUGCUUCUUUCUGCUGGAGUUCCUUGCUGCAGAUUGGUUCAAAACCCUGGUGAAUUUGUUAUCACAUUCCCUGGAGCUUAUCAUUCUGGUUUUAGCCAUGGAUUUAAUUGUGGAGAAGCAACAAACAUUGCUACACCUUGCUGGUUGCAAGUGGCUAAAGAAGCUGCAAUCAGGAGGGCUUCCACAAAUUCGGGCCCAAUGGUGUCUCAUUAUCAGCUGCUUUAUCAGCUAGCACUGUCAUUACAUCUAAGGGAGCCUAAGAAUUCUCAUAUGCCUAGAAGCUCUCGUCUAAGGGACAAGAAGAAGAACGAAGGUGAAAGAAUGAUCAAAGAAACAUUUGUUGGAAGUGUGAUAGAAAACAACAGUUUUCUGAGCAUCCUUCUUGACAAGAGUUCUUGUGUAAUUAUCCCGGAGAUUGAAUUUCACCUUCCAUUGAGGGCACCUGAAGUCACUGAUAAGCAAGGCUUGAUUGCUGGUCCCUGUAGUAUUAGCCAGAAAAAAGCUGAGGAAACACUUGUUUAUGGCGAUGAAAUAGAUGAAAUCAAAGAGGUUGAGAACAUGAGUGAAUCAACAACUUCCUCUGCAUGUAACCAAAGAAAGUUCUAUGAAACAAAAUUUGGAACAGUUAAUAGUACUGCAUUCUGCUUAUCAACUUCUGAUAUUAAGACUGGAGUAAUUGGAAAAGGUAGAUCACAUCAACGAGGUGGGCUCUUAGAUCAAGGGCAGUUGCCAUGUGUUCAGUGUGGCAUAUUAAGCUAUGCAUGUGUAGCCAUCAUUCAACCUAAAGAGGCAGCAGUCCAGUAUGUCAUUUCUAGGGAGUGCAUGUCAUCAAGUGCAAUACACAGAGAAAUAAUGGAAUCAGAUGAUACCUCAAAUCGGAUGGCGAUAGCUCGUCAACAAGGAUAUGCUCGUGAAACCGAUGAUAAUACAAGACAAAAUGUGAGUGCAGCCCAAGUUUCUGAUAGGUGUAGGCAGCUAUACAGCAGCAGCACCCAUGGAUGCACUUCCGCUCUUGGGCUUCUGGCUUCUGCGUAUGAAUCAUCAGAUUCUGAUGAAGAAGCAGAAGCACCUAACAAUAUAUCAAACAAUUGUGAAAACAAUGAUGCGGCAAAUGGAGUCACAAAUAUUCAGUCCUCAGGAACAUCAGUUCAGGAUCAAAAUACGAAUUUGCACUUGUAUGAAGAGGAAAAUGACUCCAGAGCAAUAGCAUCUCUGUUGCAACCAGUGGAGGAUAAGAGUACUGCUAUGACUCCUGUUAGUAUGGAAACAAAUAUGAUCCAUCUAGCAGAUCAGGGAGAGUCACUAACCUCCCAUGAGCAGUGGCAUGCGUAUCUUGAUUUUGAUGAUGAUCUAACUGCAUCAGGUGUAAAAGGCUCUCCGAAUACUAGUUUGAGCACAGCUAAAGGUGCAAUGGAAACAGAUGCACUGACUUUGUUCAAGUACAGCAAGGAUUCUUGCAGAAUGCACGUGUUUUGUCUAGAACAUGCUUUGGAAACUUGGACACGACUUGAACAAAUUGGUGGGGCUAAUAUCAUGCUUUUAUGCAAUCCAGAAUACCCUAGAGCAGAGUCAGCAGCAAAAGUUAUAGCAGAAGAACUUGUGCCAAACAGAGCAAAUCUCCACUUUACAAGCAAGCAGGUACCAUACAAUUCUAUCAUUUACAAGGCAUUUGCUCAGGAAAAUCCAGACAGCUUCACAGAUGAAGGACAGCGAUCAGGCACAACAAAGAAAAAGGUAGCUGGAUGGUGGUGUGGCAAAAAUUGGAUGUCAAACCAAGUUCAUCCACUUUUAGCUCGUGAACAGGUAGAACAGAAUCAUGAAACAGUUUACAGCAAAGCGAUAUUCUCUGCUAGUUCUUGUGACAGGAUGCAAGAACAAUCAACAAGAUCUACUACCCUGAUCAACCGAAAUUCUUCAAAAAAGAUAUCCAGAAGAAAAGAGGGGGACUCUGUUGAGAAAUCUAGAGGCAAAAAGAAGAGAAACAGUGCCAGUGCUUCUGAUGAAGCUGCUUUGCACUACACAGUGUAUGAUCAGCCUGUAAAUUUUGAUAAUCAUGCCAAAUAUGAAGAUGGAGAUGAAAGUGAAAGUGUGGAUGCACAGAACACCCAGCAACAUCAACAACAUGAAUCACGAAAUAAAAAAUCAAUUUCUAUGAGGCGAAAGGAUAAUAAUAGAAGCAACAGCUUUUAUGAGCUUCACAAGGACAAUGAUGACAUUGACUGCAGGUUUGAUACAGAUAGCACUGAAAACACCUCAAUAGGUGACUGGGAUAAUAGUCCACCACAAGGGUGUGAUGUAAUAGCAGUGAAAUCUAGUGCUCGAUUGCAAGGUAGUAAGAGGUUUAGCAAGGAGAAGGCAAGUGAUGGUUUGCCAAAUGUAAACAAGAAAUUGCUAAAGAUGGGUAAGAAAAUGAGUAGUAAGAAGCAAAAGAAUGAUAAAACAAAUAGGCAGUUUCAAGAAAAUCACAAAAAAGCUGACAUAGUGGAUUUGCUUCAUGAAGAUGAUGGAGAUGAAGCCACAUACACAAAAUGGAAUGAAAUUGCAAAACAAAAGACAGAUGAUGUGAGAGUAAAAUCUAGAGGCAAAAUGCAAAGUGGUAAGAAAAAAGUCAGCAAAUGUCAGGCAAGUGAUGGUUUGCACAAUGGAGGUAAGGAAGCUAAAUUUUCGAGUGACAUAGAAGUGUGCAACAGAAGAGAUGGGACAGCAGUAGACAACUGGGAAGAAAUUCCAAAAGAAAAAACCGAUGAUAUGAAAGUGAAACCCAAGAUGCAAAGUGGUAAGAAAAAAGCCAGUAAACAUCAGGCAAGUGAUGGUUUGCGCGAUGGAGACAAAGGAGCAAAAUUUUCUUGUGAUAUAGAAGGGUGUGACAUGAGCUUUAGCACCCAGCAUGAUUUGUCGCUGCACAAGAGAGACAUUUGUCCUGUGAAAGGAUGCAAGAAGAAGUUCUUCUGCCAUAAAUAUUUGCUUCAGCACCGCAAAGUGCACCUGGAUGAAAGACCGCUCAUGUGUUCAUUUCCAGGCUGCAAGAAGACAUUCAAGUGGCCAUGGGCGAGGACAGAGCACAUGAGGGUGCAUACAGGGGUGCGCCCAUAUGCAUGCACAGAACCUGGCUGCACUCAGACAUUCCGGUUUGUGUCGGACUUCAGCCGUCACAAGAGAAAGACUGGCCAUUCGUGUGAUAAGAAAAAGAAGAACUGUACAUAG